AUGUCUACGAUAAACGUUUUGAGAUAUACUGCCGUCGCUCUAGGAGCUCUUGUGGGUUUCAAGACAGAUUUCUCGUUGAAAUCUGAGGCUUCUAGAAAACAGGAGGAAAACAAAUACCAGACGGAAUUGAAGCUAAUCGAAAAGGCUAAGGCUGAGUAUGCCUUGUUGCAAGUUCCACAGCAAACGAAAGCGCCAAUUUCUGAGAAAAAAUUGGACCUAGAAGACCCAAAUUUGGAUUACGGCGCUGUGAUUUUGACAGCUGUUGAAGGCUUGAAGCAGUAA